CCACCACCCAUAGAUUUCUCUCUAUAUAAUUAAUCCCUUCUUCCAAUUCUUAGUUGUAUCCAAAAAAGGAAAGCUUCUCUUACGCAAGCAUUCUCUUCCAGUUUCUCUUUUUAGUACUCCCCCAUGGAAACACAGGUUGAUAGCUUAUGGUGUUUAGCUCUUCUCUCCCAAUGCAAAUCUCAAAAUACCCUUUUCAUUACUUUUUUCAUUUGCAUGGUUUGGCUAGCCAUGGCUUUGUGCUACUGGGCUCAUCCUGGUGGCCCUGCUUGGGGUAAGUACUGGCUCAAAGAAACACGUAAAUGUAAAUCCAAACAAAUUCCUGGUCCCCGAGGCUUACCGCUUCUUGGCAGCAUGAACCUAAUGACCAACUUAGCCCACCACAAAAUAGCAGCCAAGGCUAACCAGUUCAAAGCUAAAAGACUCAUGGCGUUUAGCCUCGGAGAAACUAAGGUUAUUGUGACGUGUAAUCCUGACGUAGCUAAAGAAAUAUUAAACAGUUCUGUGUUUGCAGAUCGUCCAGUCAAAGAAUCUGCUUACGGACUUAUGUUUAAUAGAGCAAUCGGGUUCGCUCCGUUUGGUGUUUAUUGGCGAACCCUAAGAAGAAUUGCAGCUACUCAUCUUUUUUGCCCUAAACAAAUCAGCUCAACGGAGUCACAGAGGUCAGAUAUUGGUUCUCAAAUGGUGUCACUCAUUGCAUGUCAUAAAGGAGAUUUUCAAGUCAGAGAUGUACUAAAGAGUGCUUCACUUAACAACAUGAUGUGCUCUGUAUUUGGUCGUAAAUAUGAACUGGGUUCAUCCAAUAGUGAAACGGAAGAACUCGGAGGCCUUGUUGAGGAAGGUUAUGAUCUGCUAGGGAAGCUCAAUUGGUCUGAUCAUCUUCCUUGGAUUGCAAGUUUUGACCUACAAAAGAUCCGGUUCAGGUGUGGAAGAUUAGUUCCUAAAGUUAACCGUUUUGUUAAUCGGAUUAUUAAAGAACACAGAGCUGAUCAUGGUCAGCUGAACAGCCAAAGAAAACAAGAUUUUGUUGAUGUUUUACUCUCUCUUCAAGGACAGGACAAGUUAUCAGAUCAGGAUAUGGUUGCUGUCCUUUGGGAGAUGAUUUUUAGAGGAACAGAUACCGUAGCAGUUCUAAUAGAGUGGAUACUUGCAAGAAUGGUAUUCCACCCUGACAUUCAAUCAAAAGUUCAUUUUGAACUUGACCAAGUCGCGGGAAGAUCAAGGCCGUUGAAAGAAUCAGAUGUACAAUUGAUGAUUUACUUGCAAGCAGUUGUCAAGGAAACUCUCAGACUUCAUCCACCUGGCCCACUUCUUUCAUGGGCCCGCUUGGCCAUAACAGACACUACUAUUGAUGGAUAUGAAGUGCCUGAGGGGACCACAGCGAUGGUUAACAUGUGGGCCAUAACAAGGGACCCGCAAGUUUGGGUGGACCCACUCAGGUUCUGGCCAGAAAGAUUUGUACGGAACAGCAGUACUAGUGAAGCUGGUGGAGUUGACAUGGAGAUUUCUGUCUUGGGGUCUGACUUAAGACUUGCUCCAUUCGGGUCGGGUAGGAGAACUUGCCCCGGAAAGGCAUUGGGUAUGGCGACUGUUUGUUUCUGGGUGGGGACGUUGUUGCAUGAGUUUGAGUGGGUUAAAUCAGAUCAUGACCCGGUGGAUCUGUCCGAAAGGCUAAGGCUUUCUUGUGAAAUGGCAAACCCGCUUAGUGUGAGAGUAUACCCUAGAAGAGGUUCAGUCUAAUACUAUAUCUAGCACAAUUAGUUAAUACACAUUACUAAUUUGGGCAUGUUUGAUUUAGUAAUUGGUGUGAGACUGUGAGCUAUUAGAACUAUAAGACAAAAUUUAAUAGCUGAUUACAACACUACCAAAUUAUUUUAUUUUAAUUUUUCUAUUUUAACCGUUUGAUCAUCUGGUUACUGCUUUUUAUAUAUUGUCAAUCAAAGAUGGCCUAUAUCAUUAUAUCUAUGGGAGUAUAUGUAAAAAUUGUAAAUAUAUAAACAUUUAGUUUCAAUGAA